AUGCCUAAGCUCGCCCGCCUGUUGCCUGACUUUGUAGAAGCCCUACAUUCUGAUACUACUCAAGUACGAUGCCUGCUCUGUUGGAACAACCGGUGCGACGGCGCGGCGAGCGCGUUUGUCCACGAGCUAGCAAUGCCCGUAAGGGACAAUCGCGUGCGGGGCCUCCGGCCCCUGGUUACUCGCGCGCCCGAGCUUGCGAGCUCGUUCCUGAAUGCGUGCUUCAACAUGCUCUGUCAAAGCCUCGAUAACACAAAGGAAUGGUUCAAAAAAACAUUGCUGCAGAAACAUCUGCGGUCAGAGCAGCAUAAGCAUCGGGCAAACCUUCAUGAGCAAAGACAUCAAGAAACGGAAAGAAUAAACAUGCAAGUAUUGGAAAGCCAGGAAAAAGAAGACAAUUAUGUCAUUCUACAAAGUCAGGCUGAUGCAGAACUUGAAGGCAAAAUGAUGAUCGCUCGAUCAAGAACAAGCGCUGAUGAAACCGCAUUGUGGAAAGAAUAUGAUGUUCAUGGUGCCGACUUUGAUGUUGGCCAAUUGACCUCAGAUGAGGAUGUGAACCGAAAUCGAUUCGAAGAAGAGGCCGAUAUCUUUGGUCUUUGGAAUCCGACUGCAACUGCACAUGAAUUAGGCUUUGGUUUGCAAGAAAAUGAAGCCUGUGAACUUGAGAACUCGGAAGAAGAUGCCAUACUUGCUGAACUACUCGCCAGUGCAAAUCCCAGCAAUGAUAAUCUUUCUGAAGAACAACCUGGGAGUAGCACCAAUGAUCGAAAGAAGGAGUGGUAUCCAUAUGAAUCAAAAUUGGUACUGAACACAAUGACGAGCGAGGACUUAUGGACAUGGUACAAUACCCGGUACGAAGUGCGCAUGGACCCCAUUAUUGAGGUCUGGCAUGGUAAAAAGUGGAACUCAGAAAUGGAUCUCAAUGCCCUCAGCCCAAUGUGGGAUGCGGGGCAAGGUCGCCACUUUUAUGUUCAAGAACUGGCGCGUCUGUCCAGCAGAGAGUAUGUGAUCCCAGUUUGGUGGUUCACCAAAUGUGGAGUAGUACAUGCAGAUGCUUUCAAAAUUGAGAUCACUGAGAGUUGCAGCUUAAUCUAUUUGAUCUACGUGCAAAAGGACUGGUUCCUGACUUAUGGGAUGAGUAUGCUACCACAAAGGGAUAUCCUCAAGGCAUGCCCAAUCCAAUUCGAGACUUGGCGCAGGGUGAUCCAAUAUAUACCAGCCUAA